AAAGGGAGUAAGUAAUCCCAAGUUCAGUUUAAAGUUGAUCGCCACUUUUAUUUUAUUUCAUGAGAUAUAUACAUUAAAGAUAAAAAUAUACAUAUAUAUUAUUAGUGAAAUCGAUAGAGGAGCAAAAAUGGAUACGGUACCAAAGAGGUGCUGGGCCUUUAAAAUAUGAAAAAUGGAUUUUUGUGUGUCUCUAACAAUCCAUGCUAGAUUCCUAUCGUAUCCCUACCUACACUAUGUAUGUCGAUAGAUAUCUACAUGCAACUAACUAUAUUAGUUUCAAUUUGAGUUCUCUUUUGGAAAGCAAAUAAUAACUAAAAUAGAGCUCUAUAAUGCAAAUCAUCAUACCAUGCAAUGACAUGUCACCAGUUACAAGUCUACCAUUAUAGAUGAUACGCUCGUGAAGUAACACCCCUUUAGCCCAAGGCGCGGGAAAUGGACCAUAGAAAAUGAUCUACUUUACGCACUGCAUGUCAGUACAGUAGUUUUCAAUGACAGCGUGCACAAUCGUAAUCAACUUAUGUGAAUUAGGUACUUUCUUUUAUAUCCGCAGAAAUGUGUUUUAUUUUUAAUGUUGUGGAAACAAGUCAAAUCGUUGAUGACUAGACAAGUAAGUAGUAAAGAGAAUAAAUAAUAACAUAAAACCUAAGCGAGCGACUUGACCUAGUGCUAGCAGGCGAGUUGAAAGCGACAUUGUCGCUUUGAUGGCGGUGGCAGGGAAGGUGGUUGCACAGGCGCGCACACCUCGCCGGUACGGGUACAGUGCGCUCGCACCUCGCCAUGUACACACGCUCGCGUGGCUCACAUGGCGCGUCGCCUGACGCUGCUUGCGCUGCUGGCGUGCGCGGUCGUGGCUCGCCGCCUACCUUCUUACUCCUCCUCGGAUUCGGAAUCGUUGGACCCAUUAAUAAUAUGGGACGACACCGAGGAGUCCUUCGAGACGACUCCUUUACCGCGCCCGCGUACCCCUAAACCGACCAAAGUGAGACUUAAAAAUGAUAAAACUGUAAACAAAGACUCAAUUAGUGAGAAUAAAAAUAAGAUAGUUAAAAGUACAACAAUUAACAUUGAAAGCCACACAAACUUCUUAGUGACUAAACGGCCGCCUGUUAAAGAGCAGCAUAACCGACCCGAUUUGGCAACGGGGGUGCAGUACCAAUGGAUAGGAGGGUCAGCCCCAGACGCCUAUCGCCAAACUAGCACUCGGCGCCCUACAGUGAGAACCAAGAAGCCGACAUCAACGCGUCGUCCAAUCACUGUGACGCGCAGGACCACGAAGCCAGCGAAAUCAACCCCAAAUAAGAAUAAAACAUGCCCUCCUAAGAAAUCUGGAUGGUUACCUGAGUUUUUUAACACAGAUAAAGUGAAGAAAACACCAAAGAAGCAAGCUAAGCCAGGUUGGUUUAUAGGUUUUAUUUCUAGUAUAUAUAAUUGGAUUACAAAACCUUGGUUUGGUGGUGGGUGGACAAAAAAGUCAAAACAGAAACAACAGACCACUACCACCACUUCGACAACCACUAACGCACCUUUAACAACUUCUACAAGUGGUUGGUUUCAAACGUUGCUGGACUCCGAAGAAGACGAUGGCGCGUAUGUUGUCAAUGAAAAGAAAAAGCCGGCCAAAAAGUCGUUGAAGAAAAAUUACAAAGGUUUUCAACUGCUGAGAGCGUACCCAGACGCUCAGUGGAAAGUCCGCGAGAUGCUAGACUUGCAAGAAGAAGCUCAGGGCUCGGACCUCAUGUGGUGGACGCCGCCCUCGCUAAACGGAUCAACCGACCUGCUGGUUCCACCAGACCUCCUCAUCGACGUCAAAGAUCACAUGAAAUCCUCGAAAAUCGACUUUGAUGUGGUUAUUUGGGACUUGCAGAAAGCGAUAACAUAUGAAAAUCCCAGACUGUCAAAGAAACAAAGAUUGGAGUUGGAACAGCUGCGAGGGCACCCUAUGACUUGGCGUCGAUACCAUCGCUACGCUGACAUUCUACGUUACUUGGAGUACUUGCAGCAUCUCCAUGCCGACCUCAUCGAGCUAGUGCCCUUGGGGCGAUCUUCCGAGGGUCUACCAUUAGUAGCUGUGAAGAUUUCACUUCCAUCGAAUGAAACUCAAUCAGUGGGAACAAAAUCUAAGGAUCCUAAAAAGAAAUGGCAGUUGCGUUCUCGGAUGAAGCCAGCAGUGUGGCUCGAGGCAGGAGCGCACGCUCGCGAGUGGAUUGCGCCCGCUGUUGCUACUUGGAUUCUCCAUGCACUAGUUGAAGGCGAAAAGGGCCUAGGCGCAGAGCUCGACGUACUCAAACAGGCUGACUUCUACAUAAUGCCAGUGUUGAACCCAGACGGCUACGAGCAUUCCCACACGCACGACCGACUGUGGAAGAAAACACGGUCUCGGCUCCAGGACCAAUCUGAGGACUAUUAUAUCGGCUGGUUUCCAUGGAAUUGGGGCCGCACAGACUGUGUUGGAGUGGACGCUGACCGUAACUGGGAUUACCAUUGGGGCGAAAAGGACUCUUCACGAGACCCCUGCGCGGACAACUACGCUGGACCACAUCCCUUUAGCGAGCCUGAGACCAGGGCCGUCUCUGAGUUCUUGGCCGAGCAUAGAGGGCAAAUAAAGGUGUACAUAAGCCUGCACGCGUAUUCGCAAGCAUGGCUGGUGCCAAGCUCGCAUGCUCACGCGCCGUUUGCCGACGAUGGCGUACUGGUGGAAAUGGGGAAGCUGGCUACAGCUGCGCUUGCUGAUAUGUAUGGCACUAAGUACCAGGUCGGAACUGCAGCCGAGAUUCGACAGCCGGCAUCGGGAAUGUCGCACGACUGGGCAAAAGCUCGUGCCAACAUCAAAUUCGCCUACCAUGUGGAUCUGCGUGACUCCUUCGGACCCUACGGAUUCCUGCUGCCUGGCUCACAAAUAGUGUCCACAGCCCGCGAGACAUGGCAGGCUGUCAAAGCUAUUGUAGAUAAUUUAAGCCCUGGAUCAUAACUCUCAUACCUACUAAAAUAACUAGUAAAAUCGCUUAACCCAAUUUGAAAACUAUAAGAAGACAACUUUCUUGCAUGUUUCUAAGACUACUUUACCUAUACUAUAUAGACCUGCUUGACGAAUUGUUUCCACUUUUAUUUUAAAUUGUUAAUACAAGCGUUAAAUUCGUAAUGCUAAGGUGAAAUUAAACUUAACUAUCAAUUUCACCUGCGGUCUAGACCAUCUGACUUUGUGGCCUAGUAGAAGAGAAUUAGCCUUAUUGUAACCGGCAUAGGUAUUUUAAAUUGGUUACAUUAACUUGUCGUGAAAAUGGCAUUAAUAUAAUAAUUACAUGUGUGAA